UUCAUGUAGAAAUUUACCAAGUACUGGGAUAUUUCUAAAUAUCCACUGAGGCACAAAUGGAAGCAACACAAUGUCACACAGCAAACUUGAUUGUGCAAAUGUACACACACUCUCUGGGUCACUUGACCCAAGUUGCUGCGUGGUAUAACUCCUGGAUGUCAUGCAAACUUUACAAUUACCAGCAGAUAAACAUGGUGAACAAGAGGGAGCCAUACAAGUGGCUGGCUAUGACUUGCACGUGGAAAGAAUCGACGAGAUCUAAGAAAUGUCAGCAUCUUUUCCAACUUCUCAGGGGCCGGGGAAUACUUAAUUUCAAUCCAAAUACCUUGGAUUUUGUCCGUUCUGGCAAGGUGGGAGAGUGUUUCUUCGAGGUUGCCGAAGUAAGUGGUUUGAAUUCGACGACGAAAAUGGGCGGAAUGGAUGGCUUUUUGUCACAACAUUUUCAAGGACAUCAGAUCAGUGUCAGGAAUAGGAUGAGGUUUCCGCUAAAUCGAGGAAUUCAAGGAAAGAAAGGAAAGAAAGGAAAACAAAACAAUUUUCAAAAACAUUGACUGAAACACGAACGUAAAAGACAAGUUUUAUUCAGAGGUAUAAAGCAUAUUUAGAGCAAUUCCAUCAAGAAUACGGCGAAUCGGAACCAAGAGACAUUCACUAAAAUCGACAACUUGAAGCCAGACGUAAGCAAAUGUUAUCACGCGAUUUUAUUGGACUUCGAAUUUUUUUUUUUGUCGGCUUAAUAUCCAUGGCAUGGGCUGUUUAAAAAAAUUUAACUUUCCCGCCAAAAAACUUAGAAAAAAUACGGGUGCUUAAACUACGCAUGCGCCAAUUUUUUUUUUUUAAUUUAGUCUGUAACAUCUGAUCAAAUGUGGCGAAUUUUUCCCGCCAAAAAACUUAGAAAAAAUACGGCGCCCAAAAUACGCAUGCGCCAAUUUUUUUUUUUCAAAGUUCUAAUAAACUUUAUCUUUAUUCCUUUGUUGUAUUUUUAUUGUCUGCUGUUAGUAAACAAG